ACUUCCGUGAGUAUGCGUCGAUUUCACUGAUCGUUUCGUUUCUUUGAGCAUUUCCCUUUUGUCGCCGUUUCCGUACUCGCGAAGUCGUGAUCUCCUCGGAUCCGACAUUGUGCAGAAUUUUGUGAUUAAACACUUCCUUUUCGAACCAAGUUUGAGAUUUUAGGGUUUAUGAGCUGGAUUAUUACCUUUUGGGUUCCUCAGUUCCCUCGAUAUGUCGGUGCAAAAAUUCAUGGUUUAUUUUGCCUGUUUGCUGUGAAAGUUUAGCCUUGAGCAAUUGGAUCGCGCCUGCACGCAAAUAUAUCAGUUCCAAUAUUAGAUUAUAAGCCUAUGGAUUGGCAAGGUCAGAAGCUCUCGGAGAAGACCAUGGAGAUCAUGCUCAUUGCAUUUGCGGCCAUGGCCUUUGCUGUUGGCUAUGCUGUCGGAUCGUUCCAAAUGAUGCUUUUUAUAUACGCCGGUGGAAUCAUCUUGACCGCGUUGGUUACACUCCCCAGUUGGCCGUUCUUCAAUCGCCACCCCUUGGUUUGGUUGGAUCCAAGCGAGGCUGAACGCAAUCCGAAGCCACAAGUUGUGCCGUCGAAGAAGCACGGAGCUAAGCAACGCCAGAAGUAGGAUCAUGUCACAGGUCUGACCGUCAUGUUAGAUUUCUUUACGUUAUGUUUUGGACUUUGAUGAGUUUAAUUUGUUGAUGGGAAAAUAAAUGAUUGCUAUGUUGAAUGUAUGUCAGCUUGAAGUGGUUGCUAAAUCUUUGCAUGAGGUGCAUUUUGGUUUUAUAUAUUUAUU